UCAGCAGAGGCAGAGUUUACAUUUUUAUUUCCAAUAUUAUUAAAAAUGGCUUAUUUCGUAAAUUUAAUAUGAGUGUUAAGGUCGAGUAUUUGGAAAAAUAUUCUGUUGCACCCCCUCCUAGCAGAGAUUACUACGGCAUCAAAGUUCUGCGUGAUGAGGUAAUUUUAUUUGUAUGGAAAAUAUCACACGGACCACAUAGGGCACCGACAAUUAAAGUUGCAAAGUUUUCAGAAUUUAAUGAGGAUAAAACAUUACAAGACGAAGUACAAAGAGUAUUUGGUAUUUAUGUAUUGGAUCACGUGAAAAAUAUUGCAAGAAAUAAAGCAGAUUCAAUUCUGACUUUUCCAAAAAACGUUAUUGCGAAAAUAUCCAAGUAUUUAAAGAUCAAAGACAUCAUCAAUUUAACGACUUUAUCACGUGCUUCUAAAGAGGUCUUUGACAACGAAGUCGUUUGGAAAACUUUGUACAAAAAAUACAAAAGGUCAAAAAUCACCAAAGAAGAAAAAAAAUACGCCAUGACUUCAAGUUGGAAACAAUUACUUAAGGAAAGACAAAUACAGGAAUCUAUCAAAAAGAACAAGUCACUUGAAGAUAAAAAUUUCGAGCAGAAAGUUAAAGAACGUUCGUCUGCUAUUAAUAUAACAACAAAUCAACGGAACCCAAAUGCCUCUACCUUUUCUAAAAAAGUAGAUGAUUCAAAAAAGAUUCUAAACACAGAACCAUCUUCACGAUUAAACACUUUAUCAAAAAUAGUUCCAGAAAAAAAGAAGCUGAAUUUAAAAAGCACAACCUCUAUGACUCAAUUAGCUGAUACAAACAAAUUAUUGCCUACUAAUAAACUAAAAAUAGAUUCGAAAGAAAAAGAAGUUAAUCGAUCUCAACUAACAAUAAACAGAAAUUUGUCGCAAAAAAUAAAUUCGUUGACAAAACCGAAAAGCGGUGUCACUCUAAAAUCUAAUGAGGAUGUAAAAACCAGAAAAAGCUCCACGAAAAUUUUGGAAACGAAAAAAUCGAAUCAAGCUCUGAGAAAUCAAAAACUGGUACCUGAAAAAUCAAAACUUGACUCAAAAACACAAAAAAAGCAAGUCAAAGCAAAUAAAAUUGGUGAAAGUAAAUCUACGAUUUUGAAUAGGGAUAAAACUCUUUUUAAUGAUCUUCAGAUUGAUGAUAUUAGUUCCUUAAUUGAGGAAAGUUUGAAAAAUUUCAAAAGCCCAAGAAGUAUAUUUAAUUACGACUUUAGUAUCCUAGAUGAUAAAAAAUCAGCAGGAGACUCAAAAAUUGCUUCUUCCGGCUCAGAAAUUCAAAUUUUCAAAAAGGAUCUUCCUUAUCUAGAAUGUGAUUUAAAUUCUUCAGCUCGAAGUAAUACUCAAAGUGAUGACGAAAAAUUAGAUAUGGCACCUUGCACCCAAAAAUAUUUAGAUGCGCAAGCUGAAUUUAUGAAAAAAAUGUCAGAAGCUUCUAAUUUAUCGGCUUUAAAAAACCAAGGUUCAAAAAGUUCUUGCGUGGAUGAUAAAUUUCCGAAGUCGUUGAUUACGAUUCCAGAAAAUUUGAGAAAAGCUCGAGGCUCUUUUUUUGCUACACAAGGAAUAGAGGGCAAAAAUAUAAGCCAGGACAAAUUUAAAAUGCAAGAGAAAUCAGUGUCAUAAAAAAUUUAUUUUUGGAAAAUGGUGGUUUAUUACUUUUCAUAUCUCCUUGGAGUUUGAGAAUAAACUUUCAUUGGUAGUUCCGUCUUUCAGUAAUUGUUUUAUUCAUUAUUUGAGCAUAAUUAAUUAAGAAAACAGCGACUAUCGAAAAUGUGUUUUCUUGAAAAAAGCAACGAGAAAAAUAUUCAACCAAAUUGUGGAAUUUUGAAGCCAAAUAUAAUUUUUCAAAAAAAAGUAAAUUUCCUACAAAACCUCAGGAGAUAAGUUGAUGACGUAGAUGGUUUAUUUCAAAUGCACAUGAGAGAGUGGUAAUUCGGAGAAAUAUUUUUUGAAAACUUCAAAAGAACUUUAACUAAAAAACUUCUACCUUUAUUGCAUAAUAAUAGGAUUCCAUAAGGUAGAUCAAAUGCUCAGCGAUCCUUGUCGCUUUAUUCUCGUAUCAAGUAGCAAGCGAGC